AAAAUUCAGAAAGGCAAUGCCAUCAAGUCUUUGGGGGUGGGGCAGGCAGUUGUUAAAGGCAUCAACUCCCAGCAGAACAUUACACGGAGCAGUGGCACUGGAGCCCAGUGGCAGGGGUGUCGUGGCAGCAGGAACAGUGCCGUGGGACAGGAAGAGCAUGCGUAAAUCUCAGAGGACAGCCAGGCUCCCUGCGGGGAGUCAGGUGAGCAGCCAUUGGCGGAUUCUGAACAGGAGAGUGAUGUGGUCAGAUUUGUGUGUAUUUAUUUUACAAUACACUUGGCACCCCUGUGCCACACACUGUUCUCUAUGUGUUACAAAUAUUAACUUAUUUAACCUUCAAACAUCCCUACAGGUAGGACCUACUAUUACUCUUCCGAUAGAUGAGCAAACUGAAAUCCCAGAAAGGCCUCACAGCCAGGAAGUUGGAGAGUUGCUCUUUGAUGCUAGACAGUUGGCCUCUGGCCUGCACUCUUACUACCGAAGACCGUCUCCGUGUGGUUCUCGUAGGCCCUCCCAGAGCGAUAGAUGGGUGCAGGUGGUAGGUUCUCAGGAGACUGCAGCUCAGGCUAAGGAAGGUCGAGGUGGAGACAAGGUGGUGCCUCCAGAGACAGAAGCAGAGAGGGAGGCCAGGGAAGAGAGUGUUGUCUUCACGGAAGGAUGGGACUGGGUCUGGACCUGGGGGGCGGGGGGGUCCCUCAUCCUCGGGGUGCCCACCAGCGCCCCCGGACUAACACUGUUUCUCCUCUCAGGUGCAAGGAAGUGGCUGGAGUGGAGGAAGGAGGCUGAGCUGCUCUCAGAUGUGGCCUACUUUGGCCUCACCACACUUGCAGGCUACCAGACCCUGGGGGAGGAGUAUGUCAGCAUCGUGCAGGUGGACCCGUCGGGGAGGCGGGUGCCCUCCUGGCUGCGCCGGGGCGCGCUGGUGACGCUGCAUGCAGUCCUGCCCUACCUGCUGGACAAAGCCCUGCUCCCUCUGGAGCAGGAGCUGCAGGCUGACCCUGACAGCGGGCGACCCUCGCAGGGGAGCCUGGUGCCGGGCGGGCGCGGCUGCUCGGGGGCGCGGCGCUGGGUGCGUCGCCACACUGCCAGUCUGCCUGAGCAGCAGAGGAGGACGCUGCUGCGGGCGGCCCUUGUUCUCCGACAGGGCCUUGCCUGCCUCCAGCGGCUACACAUCGCCUGGUUUUACAUCCACGGUGUCUUCUACCAUCUGGCGAAGAGGCUCACAGGGAUCACGUACCUCCGAGUCCACCCCAUGUCUGGAGAGGACCUGAGAGCCCGCACGAGCUACAGGCUACUGGGGCUGGUGUCGCUGCUGCACCUGGCGCUGUCUGUGGGGCUGCAGCUGUACGGCUUCAGGCAGCGGCAGCGAGCCAGGAAGGAAUGGAGGCUGCACCGCGCCCUGUCCCACCGCAGAGGCUCCCUGGAGGAAAGAGUCGUUUCCAGAAACCCCCUGUGCACCCUGUGCCUGGAGGCGCGCAGGCACCCGACAGCCACGCCCUGCGGCCACAUGUUCUGCUGGGAGUGCAUCACCGCGUGGUGCAGCAGCAAGGCGGAGUGUCCCCUCUGCCGGGAGAAGUUCCUGCCCCAGAAGCUCGUCUACCUUCGGCACUACCGCUGAGCCGCGCCUGGGCGCGCCUGGACGCAGAUGACUUCCACGGGAGUCUGACCAAGAUUUAGCCUGAAGAUUCACCUUGCACAGAAAUGAGAACAUUCUCACACUGUCUGGUUUUUGCCAUGUCAUACACUAACCCAGCCACCCAGGGAGGCAAGAGAAAGCUGCACCUGCCUGUGCUUUCUCAGCUCUGGCCGGGUGCCCAAACAUGGAGCAUUUCCCCAAGCCCAGCCUGGGGCGACUCAGCCACUUCAGCAAUCUCACCGGCUCCCUCCCUUCCCCGAACCACACAGUUGAGAACUCACUUCAGAAGUAGCCAGAAGACACUUUAUUCAUUUAUAUCGUGAGAAGAUGGUUCCAUCAGGCUCGUGUUAAGGCAGUGGACUGAACGAGUGUGUGUUGAAUUGGGAUGGGGCACGGGGGGCUGUGGUUUGCUUCAGCCAGAGUAGUCAGAACGACAGCCCCAGGGCCCCUGUGGGAGGCACUGGGAUUCUCCCCCGGGGGCAGCUGGGCAGAGCACCUCCACCAGGACUCAGUGACCACACGGGCAGAGAGAAACCAACCAAGGUCGGCACCUGUCUGAAGCAUUUGGCAUACCUUAAACACACAAGGCUGCUUCCAGUUCUAGAAAACAGAGGGGGCUCUUCCUGACCCACACGCACUCGCGUGCCAAGUCCUCGGGCAGGGCAGGGUAGGGGGGCUGCCAGGGGCACCCGAGCCCUCUCCUGGGGGCCUGCUGGGCAGGGUCACUGUUGUGUGCAGCCCUUCAGCUCAGCCCCAGCCUACUUCCUGCCUCCCUUUGACGUUUCCAGGUUUUUAAAACUGCAUUUAACCUGUGCCAGAGACAACCCCACCGUUGCCGUAUUUAAUAAACUGAUUCCACUGAACUGUGGGUACGCUGAU